AUGGCCCUCGAACGCACAUUUGACAACGUCGCGGAUCCGCAGUCGUCCGACUCACUCAUCGAACUUGCAGAAGAUGCGGCGGUCCGCUUCGGAGCAAAUGCUCCACAGACUCUUACUGCACGCGAUGAGGCGGCAAGUAAGCUUGCCAGUGAAGGCCGCCUUGGACUCGUUAAGAUGUACGAAGAAGAGACACUAGGGCGACGCCUGAGCAUGAAAAAAUCAGAGAAUGCUCGCGAGGAUGAAGCCACUCUGGACAACCGGAUGCGUCUGGCCCGCUACUAUUCCGAAAGAUAUGAUACCAAGAAUGCCAUCUCUCAGCUCCGCGCCGUACUCCGUACUCUCGAGGCACAUGACCACUUGGAUUGGGGCAGGAUCGUUGAAGCCCGCAAUGAGCUCAUCUGCGAGUUGUGGAUGGAAGACCAGACAGAGGUGACCUCUGAGGGGCGGAUCACGAAAGAAUGA